CAGAAGAUCGCCAACCGAAAUUGUGGCUAAAAGUGUAAACACUCAGUUCUUCUUAGCACUUCGGUGCGAACGGUUUGCGUUGAAUUUGAAAAAUCGGAAAAGUCUUACGCUGCUUCCAAAUCCAAUAAGAUCAAUGAAAACGUCAUAAUGUUUACAUUCUAAUUAUACGGAUUUAAAAAUCAACACCCCGUUAUUGUUAGUGAUAUGAAAAGAAUUGCAGAAAGAAAAAAGAUUUCUUUAUUUAUAUGGACAUAUGCACACUUGCAUACAUACAUAGAUAUCCAGAUAUACGCUGCUUUUUGUAUAGAAAUUUUGAAUAAGUUUUAUUGAUUUGCAAACACAUAAAUUACAGCAGAAUCGAUCAAUGAAUGUUAAAAAAUAAGAACAUAUUUAAAUAGUCAAAAUAUAUUAAUAUAUGUAUAAAUAUAUAUGUGUGUGUGUUCAUGUGCCCACAACUGGAGUGCUAUUUGCUGGAUUGUGAAUUUCUUUUACGCGGUCUAUUUGUGGCGAAAUGAGUUAAUGCCAAUAUGGCACUGAGUGCUGCUUCAUACCAAGUGCUUUUCAUAUGAAUCACUCUGCUUUCAUUUGAAUCAAUUGACAGUUGUGGCCAAAAUCCUUCUACUUUCAUACGCUAACUUCUCAAGCAUCUACUCGACUCAGUGAGCUAAGUGCAAAACCUAACGGAAGCGUUCCAACGCCAGUGAUCAUGGAAAAUGUGCGCUUUUCCAUUAUUGAGAACGAUCUCAAGUGGAAUUCGGAGAGUCAUGAAACACACGAUUUCUUUUUCGAUAAGCGCAGCAUCUCCAGCGAGAACAGCAGCAACAGCGAUGCUGUAUUCAGCGAUGAAGCGCAUGAGAUCUUACUGUGGCAGCAGCAGCAUCAGAUGAUCUGGGACCAGCUUGAGAUCGAGGAGACGCUCAGUCUAGUGCCGAAUUCGAUUGCCAUAUUCGAAAUGGUUAAGACAAAUUGCUUUAUGGCACUUACACCAGCCACCAACGACGCCAACUUAGCGAUACUGUAUUCCUCGAUCUAUGGUUGCACAGAGAAUAUUAUACUCUUGCUCGAUCACUAUGGCGCCGAUCCCAAUUGUAAGGACUUAAGAGGUCGCACGCCGCUGCAUUUCGCCUGCUGUCGUGGAAAUGCGCACAUCGCCAAGGUUUUGUUGGACCGUGGUGCUGAUCCUAAUCGUUUUGAUGGCAAAAAGGAGGUAACACCUCUACACUGUGCUGCCAGUGCAAAGAGCGUGGAAUGCAUUUUGCUGCUACUGAAACGGAAAGCGCACAUCAACAUUGGCAUUGAGAAGCGUUCGGCAUUGCAUUUCGCUAUCGAUCGCAACGCUGUCGAAUGUGUGGAGACGUUGCUCAAAUAUGGCGCAGAUCCCAACACGCCACAGGUUUACACAGAAACGCCGCUGCACACCGCUUGCGCAUUAGGCUUCAGUAAAUGUGUGGAACUGCUUUUGAAUCAUGGUGCAGAUGUGCGCUCCCAGUUCGGUGAAGGGAAACUGACAGCCUUGCACUUGGCCGCUGAGAAUGAUUACGUCGAAUGUGUACGUUUGCUGCUGGAGCACGGUGCGGAAGUGGAUUGUCGUAAUGCCAGCCACCAGACCCCACUGCAUUUGGCUUGUCUAUCGCAAUCCAUCGAAACUGUCGAUUUACUGAUCAAGCAUGGCGCCAACGUGAAUGCUGUCUACAGGGACGGUCGCACCGCUUUGCAUGCUGCAAUCGUCAAACAAUCUCGUAGUUUGGACUGUUGUAAUGCUUUAUUGAAAGCGGGUGCCAAUGUCAACAAAGCGGAUAAUUAUGGUUAUACGCCUCUGCAUAUAGCGGCCUUGAAUGAGUUCAGUAAUUGCGUCUACACUUUCAUUGAACAUGGCGCAGAUAUAACGGCUCGCACCUCGGGCAAUGUGUCCGCUUUGUCUUUCAUCGUGCGCCGUACACCUGAGAUUAUACCGAAACUGACGGCCAAAAUGGAUAGUUCAAUUAAGGUAAAUGACCACGAAAUCGGUGACGUAGACUGUGAAAUCAAAUUGGAUUUUCGUCUGUUGGUGCCGCCAACAUCAUUUGAACGUGGAGAGACUGAAUUGCUUCUGUCGUUAAUCGAAGUCGGCCAGAAGCGUUUAUUGAUGCAUCCAUUGUGUGAGACUUUUCUUUUUCUAAAAUGGCGCCGCAUACGAAAAUUCUUUCUGAUGAGUCUACUUUAUCAUGCAAUCUAUGUCUUCCUAUUCACAAUGUACAUCGUGGGUGUAUAUGCACGCAACUGUGAUAAGAAUCCGAAGUGUGAAGCGCCUGCGUACAUAAGCACAGUGGGCUAUUUCGUUAUAAUACUGAAUUUAAUAUUGAUGGGUAAAGAAAUUUUUCAGAUGGCUCACGGCUUACAAGGCUAUGCGAAGUACUGGGAGAAUUGGCUACAGUGGGCCAUCGUGUUUGGUGUCUUGCUGUGUGUGACACCAGAGAUUCUGAUCCCCACAAAUUUGUUGGCGGUGCCCACUUGGCAACAUCAUGUGGCGGCUAUUGUGGUGUAUUUAGUUUGGCUGGAGCUAAUGAUGCUAGUAGGACGCUUCCCCAUAUUCGGCGUUUAUGUGCAAAUGUUCACAAAAGUUGCCGGUAACUUUUGCAAAUUCCUCUUGGCCUAUAUCUGUUUAUUGAUUGCCUUCUGCCUCAGCUUCUCGGUGCUAUUCAACGACUAUCCACCAUUUGAGAAUAUCACAUGGUCGCUGCUCAAAGCCAUCACAAUGAUGUCCGGUGAACUGGAGUUUGAGGAUAUAUUUUAUGGUGAUAUACCCGUUAAAUUUCCAGUUACCUCACAUAUUUUGUUUCUCUGCUUUGUAUUGCUCGUGACGGUCAUACUCACUAACCUUAUGGUGGGUUUGGCUGUCAGCGACAUUCAGGGUCUACAAGUAUCGGCCACCCUAGAUCGGUUGGUGCGUCAGGCAGAGCUUAUUUCACGACUAGAAAGCUUAUUCUUCUCACGCUUACUUCGCCGAGCACCAGUAAAGUUAAUGCAACUCUGCAAGCGUAGCGCGCUAUUACGCACUUCACGCAACAAAUUACAGUUCGUGACUCGGCCAAAUGAUCCGCGUGACAAUCAAUUACCCGAGGACAUCAAGUUGAAUAUUUACAAGCUGGUGGCUGAGCGACGCGAUCGCAAUUUGAGUUUACGUCGGCGAAAGCUCGAAAGUAACUACAACAUGUUCAAUCAGAGCUUACAGCGACAGUAUGAAGAAAAAAAGCGUUGCACUGCCAUACCAGUUGGGUCGUCGGCUGAUAAAACAUCAGCAAACUCCGUAACGAAAAACAAUAAUAUAAAUAAUAAAAAAUCAAGUAACGAUUUAAAGGAACCGCAUAUUACGAUUACGGUGCGCGAAAACGACUGCUUGUUACGACCGCGUUCGGCUACCAAUGUGCACGAUCAGUUAAUGGCCGAAAGCGAUGUGGCCGUAAAGCUUAAGAGCCAGGUCAAUGGCAUUUCGGAUGUGCGCGCCGAAGUGAUGGCGCUGCGCGAGCAAUUGCGCGCGAUCGGCCAAAAAUUAGACAGCUUUGCGGACAGUGCAAGCAAGAAACUAAAUUUUACAGCUGAAGAAAUGUGUCGAAUAAAAAUUCAUCUCGAGCAGAAAGCAACCUUUCAGUGUUGAACCACA